ACGAGCUUAAAAACACUGAUAGAGAGAUGACUCCUGCACGUGUUGAAAUUUAGGGCUAUAACGGAAAGAAAAAAGAGGAAAUGAGUCUUUCCGUGGUCACCUCUUCUGCUUUAGCGACUUUAAUGGUGUAGGACCGCCGGAGGAGAACGCAAGGUGAGAUGAGGGACCGACUGACUGAGCUGCAGGGCUUCACCUUCACGCCUGCAGAGGAGGAGAGCAGGCCUGAGGAGAACCACACUGCUGAGGAUGUGGAACUGGUGCAACAAGCCAUUGUGUUUGAGGGAGAGGACGUGAUGGACGGCAUCUACAAGGAGGCCCAGGCGCUGAGGAAGGAGAUGAUGCUGCUCAAGCUGGACGUGAAGCGUCUCGGGAAGCAGAACACCAGGUUCCUCACGUCUGUCCGGAGGAUCAGCAGCAUUAAACGGGACUCUAACGCGCUCGGACGGGACAUCAAGGCCAGAGCGGAGGCCAUUUACGCUCGGCUGGAGAAGUUGGGGAAGCUGAGCAAAGAGCUGGAGGAGGAACACGGGCCUACAUCAGCUGUAGCUCGCAUGGCACGCUCACAGUGUAUUUCUCUAAACAGCGCCUUCCACGAAGCCAUGUCUGAGUACAACGAGGCUGAGAUGGUCCAGAGGGAGAACUGCAAGACCCGCAUCCAGAGGCAAGCAGAGAUCAUGGGCAAGGAGGUCACCAGGGAGCAGAUUGACGAGAUGAUCGAGACAGGCAAGUGGAACGUCUUCUCGGACAAUCUCCUCCUGGAGGGGAGGACUGCCAGAUCCGCUCUCAACGAGAUCGAGAACCGGCACAAAGAGCUGCUGGAGCUGGAGGGCCGCAUCAGGGAUAUCCACGAGCUUUUCUUCCAGAUGGCCCAGCUGGUGGAGGAGCAGGGCUGCAUGCUGGAUAACAUCGAAGCAAACGUGGGUGCGACUCAGGACUAUGUCGCCAAGGCCACGGUUCAGAUCAAGAAGGCUGUGAAAUACAAGAAAAACAAUCCAUGCAAGAAACUCUUUUGUUGUUGCUUCCCUUGCUGCAACUGACGCAGCAUCAGUGUUAUUUUUAUCUCACUGUCACAAGUUUCUCAAGAUGAGAUUCAAAUCCGCUUCCUAUGCAAAGAUUCCUGCAAUAUACUGCUUUAAUUUGUGUAUUUAUUCAACUCAGAUGAAGCACUGACUUCAUUUUGAUGCAACAGUAGUGUCCAAAUUUCACAUUCUAGUAUUGUUUCAGCCGAGGAAAGGCCGACAUUUCAAACCACACGCCCAUAUGCAAAUGUAUACAGUGAGAUAGGGGUGUUAUUUCCUGACUGUUACUGAGAGCAGCAUGCAUGAUUGCUGCAAAGACACCGUAACAUGUGAAACUGAAAAAUUAAAGACAUUUACGCGACAAAAUGAUGCAGAAAAGGCACAAACUGGUGCAUGUAAAUCACCAGAAUGCAGGAAAUCAAGUGUUUGAUGCUCUGAAUUUUCUGGCAGAGGACCCUCAAACCUACAGUUUCAUGUGUCCCUGCCCCCAGUGUUGACACAAAACCAACACCCUUGCUUUGUAAUGCUGUAUGAGAUAUUUAAGUAAUGUAAAUACAUGCCUUAUUAUGGCUUUUUAAUAUAUCGAGACUAGGUUUCACAGCUCCUCUGUAAACUGGAACUUUAAGUAGGUGUAUUUCUUUGUACAGCCAUUGCUUAACAAGUCUUUAGAAACACAUUGCACACAGCAAAGCCUCCGACUGUGGUUAGCCGGGGAGGCAAGAUAGAUUUGUGUGGAUUGUGCAACAUGUCGGCCACCCCAUAAAAAGUUAUCAGCAGCAUAUAGGCCAGGGCUUGUCUUUCUCGAGUUUUUUUAUGCUUUACAUGACAGAAACUUGUGUAAUGCCUCCACUUUUCACAGAUUAAACAGUGUCGUCUUCAA